AUGGAUCCACUGCCAACCGCCCACUCAGGCCCUCGUAAAAAGAGACCUAGGCAGAUGGGCGCCUUGACAACCUCCACACCUCAAGACAUCAAAUUUCGAGACUUGGUCCUCUUCAUCUUGGAGAAGAAAAUGGGAACCAGCCGCAGAGCCUUCCUCAUGGAGCUAGCCCGCAGUAAAGGGUUCAGGGUGGAAAAUGAGCUCAGUGAUUCUGUCACCCACAUUGUAGCAGAAAACAACUCAGGCUCAGACGUUCUGGAGUGGCUUCAGGUACAGAACAUCAAAGCCAGCUCCCAGCUGGAAUUCCUUGAUAUCUCCUGGCUCACGGAGUGCAUGGGGGCAGGGAAACCAGUGCAGAUGACAGGAAAGCACCAGCUUGUUGUGAGAAGAGACUAUCCCCCUAGCCCCAACCCAGGCCUCCAAAAGACUCCACCGCCAACUGUACAAAAGAUCUCUCAGUAUGCUUGUCAGAGAAGAACCACUUUAAACAACUGGAACCCCCUGUUCACGGAUGCCCUCGACAUACUGGCUGAAAAUUCUGAGUUUAGAGAGAAUGAAGCCUGUUGUCUGGCAUUUAUGAGGGCGUCCUCUGUCCUGAAAUCUCUGCCAUUCACCAUUAGCAGCAUGAAGGACACAGCGGGAAUUCCCUGGCUGGGGGACAAGGUGAAAUAUAUCAUGGAGGGAAUUAUUGAAGAUGGAGAAAGUUCCGAAGUUAAAGCUGUGUUAAAUGAUGAACGAUAUCAAGCCUUCAAAUUGUUUACCUCUGUGUUUGGAGUGGGACUGAAGACAUCUGAGAAAUGGUUCCAGAAGGGCUUCAGAACCCUGGGUGAAGUUCAAUCAGACAAAAGCCUGAAAUUCACACGAAUGCAGAAAGCAGGGUUUCUCUAUUACGAAGACCUCAUCAGCAGUGUGACCAGGGCGGAGGCAGAGGCGGUCAGUGUGCUGGUUAAAGAGGCUGUCUGGACAUUUCUUCCCAAUGCCUUGGUCACAUUGACAGGAGGCUUCCGAAGAGGUAAGAAGAUUGGGCAUGAUGUGGAUUUUUUAAUUACUAGCCCAGAAGUAACAGAAGAAAAAGAACAGCAACUUCUGCAUAAAGUGACAAACUUGUGGGAAAAAAAGGGAUUACUUUUAUUCUGUGACCAUGUGGAGUCGACAUUCGAAAAGCUCAAGUUGCCCAGCAGGAAGGUGGAUGCUUUAGAUCAUUUUCAAAAAUGCUUUCUCAUUUUGAAACUCGACCAUCAGAGAGUGGACAGUGACCAGUCCAGCCAGCAGGAAGGAAAGACCUGGAAAGCCAUCCGGGUGGACUUGGUCAUAUGCCCCUACGAGCGCCGUGCCUUCGCCCUGCUGGGAUGGUCAGGGUCCCGGCAGUUUGAGAGAGAUCUCCGGCGCUAUGCCACACAUGAGCGGAAAAUGAUGCUGGACAACCAUGCUUUAUAUGACAAGACCAAGAAGCUAUUUCUCAAAGCCGAGAGUGAAGAAGAAAUUUUUGCACAUCUGGGAUUGGAUUACAUUGAACCAUGGGAAAGAAAUGCUUAG